AACUCUCUUCCACUCCCAACGAGGCGAGUAGCUCCAUCGAGAGAAUCACCAACUCUACACAAAGCCGCACAUGUGUCAGAGUGUGUUGAUAUCUAGUCUUGGGUCACUGGCACAAGAGAAUCGUCGGUUGUUUCGUCUAGUCCGAAGAGAAGUGUCAAGUGAGUAAGUUGGACAGGCUGAGGUUAAGUAGAGGAGCUGGAGGGCAGAAAACAUCUUCAAGUGUGGUGGUGGUAACGUUGGUAAGGUGCCAGCCCUACGUGGUGCAGAAGAAAGAGGGAAUCAAAAGACGAAGGGGGGAAAAUUACUCUGACAUGUGGCCACGAGAGACCAAGCGUGACCCAUUCACGAGAAAUGCCCGAUAACCUUCGCAGUUGUGCUUGGAGCCACGCACGGCGUGAAGGUCGUGAUUGCUGUUCCACAGUACAUGAGCACAGUAUUCUCGUGUGCUGCAGCCUCUUUUUACCCUCAACGAGGCCCAACAACGUCUUUCGAUUGUGCGGCUUCCGAUGGCAAUGUGUUUCUUUUGAAUUUGUGCCGCCCUCUGUCUUCCCAUUGAAUGAGUGGUUCUGACAAACGAGAAAAAGAAGACUGGCUCACACACUCACACUCACAUGCUACUACUACUACUUCUACUACUCCAAGCAUCUGUGCCACGAGUUUAUUGAGAGGCCUCUGUAUAGCUGAUGCUUGACGCUGUAGAAACCUCCUAAUGCAUUUUCAGGAUAAAUGCAUCUUCAAGUGCAAUCUGACAUCAAUGAAAUCGAUCAUUUCGGCGGUGGCAAUGGAAACAAUCUCAUCUUUCAACUAUGAGAGAAAACUACCUGCCAUGAAUCAUAUUGAGAUCCCUGCAUAACCACCCCUGAAUGUGCAGUUGUCCCGACCAAUACUAAUUGGUAAUGAUCGUAAUUGGUUCCAAAGUGAAGAAGAAGAAGAAAAGGCGACUUCUUAUGUGCUGUUCUGCCACAAGCGGUACCUCCGACCUUCUUUGCUUCUCAGCCUGGAAGUGCGUCAGACAGCCAGAAUGAAUGUCCUUUCUAGGAUUUGGAUCUUAAGCAUUUGGUUGCUUUGUACAGGUGUCCUCGAAGCAAGUUUCUCGGGCUCGACCAGCCAAUUCUUCAUUGAAAAACCAGUCAAUCAAACCGUGAACGAAGGCCAAGACAUUCUGCUCAAAUGCAAAGUGGGCAAUUUGCAAGGCCGCGUCCAAUGGACCAGGAAUGGAUUCGCUAUGGGCUAUUCGAACGAGCAAGUGAAACAGAUCUGCUCCCGUUGUGAAUUGAUGUCCAACCACGCGGAUGGGGAAUUCAAUCUCUUUGUCAAGUCCGUCCGGUUGGGAGAAGACGAGAACUUCGAGUGCCAAGUUCUUCCUGGUCCCAAUGCUGCCAUGAAGGUGCCUCUCCGGGCGCCAGCCUUUGUUCAGAUCCAAGUGGCUCCGUCAAGUGUGACCCUUCAGGAUCCCGCUUCGGCGCGCUCUGGAUCCUGGAUAUCCUUGGCGUGUACUUCAGCGGACUCCAAUCCCAAAUCCCAGAUCCUGUGGUACCGAGGCGACGAUCUCCUUCGCAAUGCAGAAGUCACUGAAGAUGUAUACUCGGGCUCACGGAACGGCACUUUUACGACCGUGAGCAAAAUCAAACUCAAGGCCCAAGCUGACUUCGAUGGAACGAGAGUGAAAUGCGUGGCCCGUCAUCCGGCAGUGGGCACCCCUCGAACCGGAACUCAUCCGCAAUUGGAAGCUGAAGCCAAGCUCAAUAUUCUGUACCCUCCGAGGCCCCCAAUACUCAGAGGAGAAGGCAUUUCGGGAGGUGGAACAGGAGGAACAAGAGGCCUAGGGCCGUUUUCGGUCAGGAAGGAACAAGGCGAAAGCGUUCAGCUCCAAUGUCUCUCCGAAGGCGGAAAUCCCCUGCCUGAAAUUCAAUGGCACCGAAAUGGAAGCCCGCUGUCAAUUGGUUUUCCGGGUCAACCCGAGCUCCAAGUGAUCGGUUCGAUGAAACAAGUUAAAUCCGUGCUUCAAUUCAAAGCCCGGGCUGAGGACCACGAGGUUGUGUUCUCCUGCAGCUCGUUUUCGGCACAAACCAUGGAUUUUCCUUUGGUAACCGAGCAAAAGCUCAAGCUCAAUGUGACUUUUCCUCCUCAGAGGAUCAUCAUCACGGGCUCGUCCACGGCCACCGCGGAAGAGCCGUUCGUCUUCCGCUGUCAGGCUUUCAAUGCCCACCCACUGCCAAAGCUCCAAUGGAUCGUCAACGGACGGCAUAUCACCCAAGGGAUCACUGUUGAUAGGCACAUCCCUACCUCGGGCAAAUACGCCGAUGUGAGCUCAGACCUGACCAUUGAGUUCAGCCCCAAUGAGAGCGUCGUGGCCAUCACGUGCCAGGCUGUGAGUCAAGGCCACUUUGGGGAUCCGCUUACCAAGAAGGCUGAGAAGGAGGUCGUGAUACUAAAGGCGCCGAGCGCACCUUUGAUCCGUGGUCUGCCUCAGAACAAAACCCUUCGUGAAGGCCAACUUCUGACCUUGACCUGUGAGUCUCUGGACGGAUCCCCUAAGCCUCACUUGAGAUGGUUCAUCGACGAUCAAAGGGAAGAGAUUAAACAGGCCAACUACACUCAUCUUCCCUAUCCCAAGUCGAUGCUUCAGAUCGUGACCUCUAGAGAGGACAAUAACAAGCUAUAUAGGUGUGAGGCCACCAACACUGCCAACCUAUUAAAACCCGUGUUCGCCAAUAUUCGAUUCAACGUUUUCUUCCCGCCCAAAUCGUUGGAGAUCAAGCUCGAGCGUCCGGAGACCCAUUUUAACUACGACAGAACACGAGCCUUCAAACAGGCCAAGAAAUUUAGCGACGCCAAGUACAAAAUUGUGAUGGCCGGAGAACUCAUCCGCCUUCUGUGUGUGUCAGAUAGCUCCAAACCUCGUCCACUGUUUCGAUGGACAGAGAACUCAGUGGUGAAGGAUGCCAAUGAGACGGAUUUCAAACCUUCGGUGUUCGGUGGAGAGGAGAUCCGAUCUGUGAUGGAAUUUCGUGCUCGACCAGAGCAAAACGGAAAUGUCUACGAAUGCUUUGCUCACAAUCCCACCAUUGAAGUGCCUCAUGAAAUAAGUGCCAAAAUCACCCUUGUUGUCUUAUUCAAACCCAUAUUCCCUGCCGAGGUCAUGGGUACCUAUACCGUUGUAGAGGGCGAGUCUCGAAACUUGAGCCUGAAGGCCACUGGCAAUCCACCCGAAAUCGAGUACGCCUGGACUUUCCCUUCGUCAGCCGAGAAGAACCGAAUUCGCCAGCUCAAGCACCGUUUGACCAUAACUGACACUCAACGAUCAGACGCAGGCAAUUACUUCGUGACGGCAUCAAAUAGCUACGGAGACUUCAAGACCAACAUCUCCGUUUAUCUAGAUGUGCUCUAUCCACCCAAGAUCAAUUACAUCACUCCGGAUCAGACUAUCGUCGAGGAGUCCAAGGCCGAAUUUCGGUGCUCCAUUCAAGCCAAUCCAUUCACGGACGACACGAUCUCGUGGCAUUUACCUGAUCGUCCCGGGGGUCUCCUGGCUUGGCGAAGUCGUAAGGAGGUGUCUGUGGAUGUGAUCAACCAGACUUCGACCCUGACAAUCCAUUUUGCUAACCGUGAAGAUCGUGGUCGAGUGGUGUGCAUGGCCAAUAAUGGUGUUCGUGGUGUGGAGGUUACCAAGACUUCUAGCCUCAUCAUCAAUCACGAGCCCUUCAUCUUGAAGGAGAUGGCUUUCACCAAAUUUGCCGUUCAACGUGGCUCCCCAGCUUAUUUACGGUGCCGAUCCAUCAGCAUGCCCGAACCUUCAUUCACGUGGCACAUGACCUCAAAAUUGUCACACGUAACCAAGCAAGUCCAUCCAACGGAUCCGAAUCGAGGCGAGUCGGUCUUACCGACGCAAGCCGUCCAUGGCCAGAUCAAUACCUACGACUCUCUACUCAAGUUGGACAACAUCCGGACCGAGCAUUACUCGACGGUGUUCAAGUGUGUGGCGGAGAACGGCUAUGGGGCCGAUGAGCAUCUGAUCAGCCUGACUGAGCCAGGGAGGCCGGAAAAGCCGUCGCAAUUUCACAUUGUGCUUACGACGCCCAAUUCGGUUCGGCUGUCCUGGAAUCCGGGAUUUGACGGGGGUUACAAUCAAACUUUUGCACUUACCGUCUACCAACAACGAACGGGUCGGGAAGUUAAGAAGAAGACCUUGGAAGCGAACGAAAUGAAUUGGUGGCUGAACGAGACCACCAUCUCAAAUCUUGUACCGGAGACAAGCUACUUGGUGCGCAUUCAAGCGAAAAACAAGGCUGGUCUUUCGGAGAGUUAUGAAGAACUCUUUGUCAAAACUAGAGCCUUGGAAAACGCAGUGAAAGAGGAGGAAGUCAUGCCCAGGGUUAUGAUUAUCUCAAUCGUUUUGGUUGUGGUUAUGGCCUUGGUUCUUGUCCUGGUGUUUUUCUAUUGCUUUUGCAAAUGCUUGGGACAACAUCAUUCGACGCCCACGUUGAACAAUCGAAAUCGUAUUAAAACCGAAUCUCAAAAUGUGCUCCAUUCCACAUCAACCAAUCCCCUGAUUGAGAGCUACACGCCAUCCAAAUAUAAUCGCGUUUUAAAGAAGGAGUUCCUCUAUCCGACCUUUGAAAAAGGCCGAACGAGAAGCAACAGCACAUCCUCCUCCGCCAAACUAGAUUACAAGGAAUUGGCGAGAAGUUUGAGCAUGCCUGGACAAGAAGAGAACGGGAAUGGCCUGCCCUUUGCCCCAAACGGGGAUCCCUUUGGCCUGGCUCGAGGAUCCUGUUCACAGCAUGGUACACUAAGACGCAAUGCUCAACGUCACAAUUCGGCGGGAUACAACACCACCUUGGAGGACGACGUCUUUGAGGAUUCGGAUUCGUUGGGAUAUCCGCCGCCUACACAGAGUAUCCACCACUUUUCGGAUAUCGCGAGCGGCAGACAACUGAUGAACCCAAUUAUGGCUCAUACUUCUAUUGGUUCGAGGUUAGCCAGUUCUGGAUUACCCGAUUCUACCUACAUACCAUUGAGACACUCUUCAGUGUCCUCUACCCGGCAGUUGCAGCCACCUUUGAACGGGUUCACGCCCACAACUUCUCACAAGGACAUGAGGGAGCCGGAAUGCCAGCAACAAUCGUCUUCGUUCUAUUGGGGCAAUUCCUCGCCCACUUCUCCCAUUCGACCGUACCCCUACACGGCCACAUUACCACGGAAAUCUCCGGGCAAUAAUUAUCAAGUACCUAAUGGCCACAUACACCACCACCACAAGCGCACGCGGGCAAAUCACAGUGCGCGAUUUCACGGUCUCCGGAAAUUGAAUUCUGCGGAUGUUCUCAUGACGAGUGGCGACGAUUCACCCCCGCUUCCACCACCUCCACCGCCACCCAUGACAUCGUUUCGACACUUACCAUAUGGAAGCAAAUCCUCCAUGAUGGUUUGAUUCGAUUGAAAUUCGGCGUGGCCAUUUUGGCGGCCUUAGCUUCCCACGAAACCUCACAGUAUUCCAGUUUCGGAUUAACCGCUUCCUCCUCCUCUUCCUCAUCCUACAUGGAUCUCAUUUUGUUUGUGGCGGGAAAACACUGAAACGCUUACAUCCAAAUCUUGCAAAGAUACUCGACCCCAAACAGAUUAAGUUUGCUUUAACUCUAUUAUGAUUAAAACUGACUCCCCUUUUAACGCUGAGUACAGCAAAAGAAUGGCUCCAUUCUCUUUAGUUCCCCAAGAAUCGAGUGCCACUCCCCGCCCCACCCAAAUCAAUAAUCGUGAAGAUCAAGUCUUCAUUGCACAGUUGCACAAAAUUGGCGAGCUCAGAUAUUUUUGUACCUCUAUUUUUAUACCACUCGGCCUUCAAUGAUGAAUGAUCUCGUUGACCUAAUGUUCCAUGAUCGCUUUAUCGAUUGUUUCCAAUGAAUUCUAAGUGAAAGGAUUGCGGUGCAUAUCCUAUAUACCUUCGUACUUGUGAAUAUCUUAUAUAUCGACUGGUAUGAACCCGUCUUUUGCUCUGUACCAGAGGUCGAUAUGAAAAAAGAGCGAACCCCACAAGAUAGUACAAUCGCUCGUGCCUGCCAAAUUUCUUGUUCUCAACUUCGAUUCAAAGCGUCCGACUUUGAUUUCCAAUUUUGAAUAUGUCUAAUGAUGAUGACAUUCCUGCUAACUGUGUUGCUAGGAAGUCCGUGAACAAUAAAGAGACAUAUUUCUUCUUGA